AUGGAACGCCCCAGCGUAGCACCAAAUCCCGGACGGAGCGGUGUGCUCCUCGGGAACAACAGCAGCACCACUCAGUCGGAUGUGGCCCCAGAGAAAAUCCUCUUCGAACACUACAAAAAGUUCAUAUCGGAGACCUAUCCGGACAAACGCAAGACCGAACUGGUUUGUCCCUUUCUUCGGCUACAUCCCGAAGAGUACGAACAUAUCACAACCUCAGGAUGUCAAAAGAACGGCUUUGAUGACGUCUCUAGACUCAAGACCCAUAUUGACCGGACCCACGUUCAAGGCCAAGUGGCCGACGAGAAUAAAAGAGGGCCACGGGUUCCCAUGAUCGACACAGUCCAAGGUCUUCAUAAUUGGAGAGCGUACAAGAAGGAUAGGACGGGCGUCAAUUCGAAGAAGAACCCAAAAGACACUGCCACAAAGUGGUGGGACCUUGCCCGGAAUUCCGCAGACCCUCACGCGCAGCCUUGUGGACAUCGCGACGACUUUCAUCUUGACUUUCCUGGCUCGGACUUUCAGAAAUUUGUGAAGUUCAUGCAGUGGUUGAAAGAAAGCGGGAAUGGAUAUUUGCACCUUAAUGAGCCUCAACCCCAGAGACCGACCACUGGCAAUCUACCGAUGGCAACUCAGGAUCACAGGACGUUUCUUAACGACAGACCCGAGUCAAACGUCCUCUACGAGCCGAGGCCACAGGGUGACUCGGGCUACGGUUCUAUUGGCGGGCAAAUAGAGGAGGAGGAGUCCAGGCACGGCUUUCCGGACUGCGAUAUACCAAAGGAGUAUGUCAACCCAGCUGACUUGAUGGGCGCUGGAAGUUUUGCCUCACUAGACACUGGGCAUGACGGUGAUGCAAUGAUGAGCUACAUUGAUUUCUCGAGCGAUCCACCAUCAGCAUCGUCAUGA